AAAGCGUCUGAAAACACGACUGUUUUUGGCGAAAGAGAAAAUAAGGGCGAGAGUCGGAACUCGCCUGCAAGAGAGAAUUCGACGAGGAAGGGGAAAAGCCUGCACGAGAACUAAUCACCCGAGACGCAAACUCAGAUACCGGAUCUACACCCACAACCAUGACGACUUCAAGGCGUUUGGCUGACAGGAAGGUGGAGAAGUUCGAGAAGAACAUAACGAAGAGAGGGGCGGUGCCUGAGACGACCGCCAAGAAGGCCAAGGAUUAUCCAGUGGGCCCUAUUCUCCUUGGCUUCUUCAUCUUUGUUGUCAUCGGAUCAUCUCUCUUUCAGAUAAUCAGGACUGCUACAAGCGGAGGCAUGGCCUGAUCAAGUUGACCCUACUGAUGCUGCUGCUGCUUUCUAAGUUAUGAGAGAUGGCGUCAACCUGUCGUGCCGUUUACUGUUUUGUUAGCGAAUAGGAAACUGAUGAUAUACAAAUGUGAUGUAGUAAGAACUAAAACUGCGGUGUUUCUAUCUUGUGAAGUAAAAGAAGUUUGAAUAAAGGACCCCCUCCUCUGCUUCGCUUAAA